GCUUGGUCUUGAGUGACUGCGAAGAUCGGAGCUUGAUGUUUUGAAUGAAUAUUUAAUAUUUGCAUGAUCUGAUUUGUUUGCCUCUUCUUUGCACAUUCAUACAAAACACCUACCUAGACCUUACACUGCGAUUUAUCCCGAGCUCUCUCACAUUCUCAUAGUCACGUCUCACGUCUUAGUCGGUCAGCCCCACGUGAGCCAGCGGAAUAGCAGCCGACCUGAGCUUAACUCACACCAGUGUAUAAACCGACGUCUACCGAGGCUCUCGCUCUUCACUGCUGUUUCAGAGGCUCUGCGCUGGGUGACCCUAAGUCCUGAAUAAGUCAAGCCUUGACCAAGGUAGUAGUCCUGUGAGCUUUACCAACCCCGGAUUGUUUUCUCACAUGUUAGUGAGAACCCUUGCACAUUGUCACUAGUUACACUCUCUUGAUGACAUUGAAACCUCAUGUGUCAACAUCUGUGUUCAUAACUCAUUGAGUGCCUGCAGAUAUCAAGACUCACCCAAUCGAGACCUCCUCCGAUGGAUCAACACCAGGAGGCUUCAUCAGCCCCAAGGUCACUCACGGGAGCUGACCGCAUCAGAGCUCUGAAAGAUGAAACUGCAAUCUUCACUGCAUUUGACACAUACCCGUGGACAAAAGAUAAGAACUUUAUGUCUGGUCUCUACGCUAUUCUUGGUGAACCAGGCCAGCAAAACCCUCAAGCAUCUCUCGCAGAUAUGGCUAUCCACGCUCGAAUUUUCUACUAUGCUCAGCGCAUUGGUGUCAGUAUUGAAUUCAGCGCCUACAAGGCGUGGCUUGCCAGCAAUUCUGACCAUCAACCCCCGGAUGUUUUGCCUGAGGAAUAUCGUCAGCGAGACGAAGCCAAUGCUUCUCCAGCGCCGGUCCUAGACUGGCAGAAAGCUGCACCAAAAACAGAUCUCUACGUUGAUCGGAAAACCGCUGCUGCUCAGUCUGGCUCACAAGAUCAACCAAGUUACCCAAUGGGAUUUGCCGAAAUGAUCAAACUUAUCCAAGAAGGCAAGCCUGUGCCUGGUAUCCGCCAGAUCCCAAACACUGUUGUCAGAGAUCCUGCUGUGAAGCCAGUUGGAGCGAGAGCUGUUCCCAGAAAGCCGUGGGAAAAAGAUACCACAGUUGACAUGCCUGUUCUCCCCGACCUACCAAAAGCACUCGAUACAGAAUUUCCCCCAGUACAAGACGAUGGGCCUGUUUCUUCGGCAGCUGGGGCUUCUUAGAUUCCAGAACGCCAUUUCUCAAUAUCAUAUAGCAUCAAUGGCGUUGGGAGUAGCGAUCGCUGGCAAAAAUACACUUGAUUCUGACGUUGGGCGGAACAAAAUCACUGAGGUACUAUAAAUAUGGCGACGUACUAUCACAGUAUACAGGAGAGGCAUAUAGGAUAAUAAAAGCAUCAAUCGUUUAUUAAAAGGUGCUUAAUAACUACCGUAACAAUCCGAGUGCUAUAGGGAGACGCCGAAACCCAGCAUCCGCAUAGAAAAACAACAUUCAAACUCGUGAACUCUCCCCGACCUCUAAGGGCAUCCUUUCGGAUCACCAUCACUCAUACUAGCUGAUUGACUGAAGAAGUGUGGCUCUAGUAUCCCAUUAGGCGCGUUCCCGCUCACCCUUCGAGUAGCAGCCUAUGAGUGGUGGGAUAAGAGGGCCAGUCCUGCGAGGGCUGCUGUGGUGAUUAGCAUCUGCCAUCUCCUCCAUAUUGCAAAAUCGAUAACCAUAAUGUGUCCAAGGCACCCGAGCAGGCUGUAGCCAGCUAGGCGUAGGAUGACGUGUGAUCUGUAAAUUACUUGCGUUGGAAGAUGUUUCUUAAGAAAGGUCGACAUAUUCUGGUUUGUUGCGUGAUCUUGACGAGUGGGAUGAUUGGUGAGUCAGAUAGGGUUCCUUGACACGGAUGAAAAAAAGAAUGAAAAGAAAACAAGGGUAGAGUGGGGGAGGCUCUGAAUUUCCAGCAGGCAGAUGUCCUCGUCGAUGUCAAAGAUCGAUGGGCAAGGUAGAAAGACUUUAGCGGUAACCAUUGUUGUAGCGCGGCCCAGGUCCCAUGCGUCCGCCCAUCCCAGGGCCAGCACCAGGACCAGGACGAGUUGCGACCGCGUGGUUGGUACAAAGCAUACCAACUCGGGAGCCGAACUUGGACCCUCGCAGUGAAACCAUGUGCUUUCGGAUGUGGGCAGCAACGAUUUCGCGAUGCUGGGGAGAGGCAUUGUUAAGAAUCCACUGAAUGAGAUAGUUGCCGUAUUGGUCACUUGCAAUGUCAAUCAGUGGGAUGCGAGUACGGUCACGACGACCUUCACAGACUCGGUCUAGGUAACGACCAAGGAAUUCUGCACCUCCAAUUUUGAGACACUUCUCGACGACCUUUGAAGCGAACUGGUCGGUACUGUACUCAGCGGCGUAACGAAUAACAUGGUCAAUAGCUCGACUGCGAUCCGGGGGAGCACCGUGUUCACAAAUAUGCUGGAUACACCAGUUGCCAAAUUGCCCAUGGGCGACGAUGUCAAUGUUGGCAAGGACUUCUUCGAUACAAGGGCGCU